GAGGGCGGGGAGUGAGGCGCAGGCGGAGGGGAGAGGGAGAGACCCUGGAGACAGAGGCCAGGCGAUAGGGAAGAGAGACAGGCGGGUUGGGGAGGCAGACACAGGGAAGACGCCUAUGUGGGGUCAAGAGACAGCGUGGAGACCGAGGCGGUCACGAGAGCAGCACGGAUGCGUGGAGAGACCAACAGGCCAAGAAGGAUGAGGGGGCUCAGCACAGGCACCGGGCAGCCCCCGACCCGCCCUCCAGCAAAACUGGGGAGAGGGAAGAGGGAACGUGCGUCUCAGCUCCCAGGACCAGGUGCGGAGGGAGCAGUCGGCUGUGGGCGCUCGGACCACAGGCUGCCCCCUCCCCACCUCGCGGGACCUCAGGAUCCCAGUCGGGCUAUUGGGGGGUUCCCAGGCACCGGUGGGCCCCGGAGCGAGCCUGCCCCGCCGGGACUCCGCGUCUGUGCGUCAGCCCCGCCCGUUGUCCUGGCAACAACCCGUUGCCCGGGCAACCAGCUUUGCUCUCACCCCGCUUGAGAGGAGCCCGGCUGUUGCUCUGGGCAACGCGGUCUGCUGGUUCCCACGCCUGCCUUCGCCCGCUUCCGGUUCAGACCCUGCGGAGGGGCGAGGACGAGGCAGAAGUCAGCGGGAUGCCUGUGGGGCCGUGGAGGAAGAGGGUAUCCCUUUGGGAUGGAACUAGGUCCUGGACACCCCCUCUCAAGUGCGGGGAGGCUGAUACUACAACUCCCAGCAUGACUCGCGGUGGCUCUCUGGUUUCUACGCGGCUGUUCGCGCAAGGGCCUCAUGGGAGUUGGAGUUCUUUGUUGUGCAUGGGGCUCAAAGGACGUCUGGGGUGGGAAUGGGGGACUAGGGUGCUUGAGUGUCUCUGCAGAAAAGACUCUAGGACCCCGCCACCAUGUUCCCGGAGCCCCCAACCCCGGGGCCUCCAUCGCCCGACACGCCUCCCGACUCCAGUCGCAUCAGCCACGGCCCAGGUGCAGCCAGAAGUAGAGGAGCUGGAGCCAGCACCAUCCGGGCCAGGGCAGCAGGUGGCAGACAAGCAUGAGCUAGGACGACUGCAGUACUCCCUGGAUUAUGACUUCCAGAGUGGCCAGCUGCUGGUGGGCAUUCUGCAAGCAAUGGGAUUGGCAGCCUUGGAUCUUGGUGGCUCCUCGGACCCCUAUGUGCGGGUCUACCUGCUGCCGGACAAACGGAGGCGGUACGAGACCAAGGUGCAUCGGCAGACGCUGAACCCUCACUUUGGGGAGACCUUCGCCUUCAAGGUACCCUACGUGGAGCUGGGGGGCAGGGUGCUGGUCAUGGCGGUGUACGACUUCGACCGCUUCUCUCGCAAUGACGCCAUCGGGGAGGUGCGGGUCCCUAUGAGCUCCGUGGACCUGGGGCGGCCAGUGCAGGCCUGGCGGGAGCUGCAGGCGGCUCCGCGGGAGGAGGAGAAGCUUGGGGACAUCUGCUUCUCCCUCCGCUAUGUCCCCACGGCCGGGAAGCUCACCGUCAUCGUCCUGGAGGCUAAAAACCUGAAGAAGAUGGACGUAGGAGGACUGUCAGAUCCAUACGUCAAGGUCCACCUGCUGCAGGGCGGCAAAAAGGUGCGGAAGAAGAAAACCACCAUCAAGAAGAACACUCUGAACCCCUAUUACAACGAAGCUUUCAGCUUCGAGGUGCCCUGUGACCAAGUCCAGAAGGUGCAGGUGGAGCUGACCGUGCUGGACUACGACAAGCUGGGCAAGAACGAGGCCAUUGGGAGGGUGGCCGUGGGGGCGGCCGCCGGCGGGGCUGGCCUGCGGCACUGGGCGGACAUGCUGGCCAACCCACGGCGGCCCAUUGCCCAGUGGCACUCGCUGCGGCCCCCGGACCGAGUGAGGCUGCUGCCUGCGCCCUGACUCCCACCCCAAGCCCCCGGCCAAGCCUGGACUCUAGCCCCUGACCCCAGACUCCCGAGACCGGCCGAAGCCAAGCCAGCCCCACCCUUAAGCUUCCUCUGACCGUUACCCUCCCCCCACCUUCCACCCCAACCAUCUGAACCAUUCCUAUCUUCUCACCCCCAACGAUGCCAAUCACGACAACUUUCCAGCACACUCCCCCGACCCCCGCAGCCACACCCAGAUGCCCCAGGGACCCCUGGGAAGGGAAGGCAGCCUGGUUUCUCCUGCCCCCGGGUCCUGCCCCCUGCUUUGACAAUCAGCCAUCCUCGUCUGCUCUCCUCUCUCUUCCAACACAGCCCAUCCCUGCACUGCUCCUGGGGCCAAAUAAAUAUUCAGCAGCUCCGGUG